AUGGGUACCAGAACACACUUACCGAUUGAAUUUUCUAAUUCCCAAAUCCCGGCGCUGCGUGAUUCAUCCGAGGCUAUGACCCCAUCUACCCUAAGCCUUGUUCGAGCUCGUUUGAUCAUUCAUGGAGUUCCCCAAAUGGGGAUCGACAACUUACAUUUGAUGCAACUCGGCUGCAUAGAUAUACGAUUUAACCCCGAUCAACCCUGGCAGCCAUCCGGCUACAUCGUGGUUUGGGACCGCCAUUACGGGGAACUCCUCGGGCAUUGCGCUGGGCAGAACAUCGGUGUCAUUGACUGUGGACCAGCGCCUUCAGAUGGCCCUCUUGGCACCUUGAUGCAUCUCACACUCCCAACUUAUCCUGGCGAGCGAACGUUCUAUCCUAGUGGCACACGCCCUCGCUCCCGAAAUUGCUGGGGACCUUAUUUCCUAGAUGUAGAUCCAAUUGCAGAUCUAAUUGCAGAUCUAGAGUAUUGA